AAAGUGCAGCACUCUGAGAUCAUGCUUUAAAUGUGGAACUGAGAACAUUUAAUACUCACCCACUUAUAAUUGUUAACAUUUCGUGCAGCUGUAGUACAUGAAGAUGUGGAACGAUCAAAUCCUCCUGUUCAUCCUCUGCAUUCCUCUGAGUCCUGUGAUCAGUGCAGAUGUGCUUCAUGUGUUCGGAUACGAAGGGAGGGAAGCUAAUGUUUCCUGUCCCUAUAAAAAAGGAUAUCAGUCUAAUAAAAAGUACUUCUGCAAGAACGACUGCAGCAUGCGAGAUGAUCAGAUCACGGUGACACAAACAAAGAAUAACAAAUACUCCAUAUAUGAUGACAGAGAUAAACAGCUCUUCACGAUGACCAUCUCUGAGCUUCACUAUGUGGAUGCUGGGAAAUACUGGUGUGGGGUGUCCAGAUUUGGCAGAGACAUCUACACUGAAGUCAGACUGCAUGUAAUGCCAGACAGCUGCUGUGACAAUGUGACCAAAAUCCAAAGUUACGGAGAAGAUUCUGUGUCCUUCAGUUGUCCGUAUGAAUCUGAGCACCAGAACAACCUGAAAUACGUCUGCAGAGGAAAGCAACCGUCCACAUGUCUGCAGCAGGCACUGAUCACCUCUGACAACAAACACAACGGACAGUUCACUCUUACUGAUGACAAGAUGUCCAGAAAAUUCACAGUGACCAUCAACAGUCUGACACACAAGGAUUCUGGGUUGUAUCUUUGUGGCGUCCAUAAAAUCACUGGACUGGAUGUUUUCUCUGCUGUUGAGCUGGAAGUCAAAGAUGCACUCCUUCCCAUUGUGGUCUACAUUCUGCCUGCAACUCUGGCUGUACUGCUGAUACUGACAGUAACUUUGGUCAUGGUUUAUAAAAGUAAAUUUUACAAAGGUGCUGAUGCUGACAUCAGCAUGAAAGGAAAAAACACUGAAGCUGGAGAAGCAAAGUCUUUGGAUCAUAUCUAUGAAAAUCGCACAUCUGAGGUGCGUGCAAUGUUGGAUUUCUCUGAGCAGCAAAGCAACGAUCAUGUCUAUGAUAAUGAGGAUGGCAACAACGUGUACUAUGAGUUUACAGCACCAGAACAUAUCUACUGUAAUCAAUAGUGAACAGAUGCAUGACUGGGGUCAAAUUUGUGGACACAUUAAUCUCGUGAUUGUUCGUAUUUUCUCAGUUUAUUGUUAACCUUCAAAUAUUCACGUAGAACUGUAAUCUGAUCCUCUUACAGUCUGAACAAAGAAUAAAGAAAUGAAUCCAAAAGUGGCAUAUAUAGUGUGUACAGCUCAGAAACAGCUGAACACACAGUUAAUCCCUUUUUUAUGUGGGUUACAGAAACAUGGAUAUGAAAAUGAAUCGAAAUACAAUUCAGAUGCUCUCUACUAUCUCUACUAUGCCCUCUGCAACAAAGAGCCAAAGCAAACCAAAAUUUUCAAAAAUAGCAACAACAGCACAGAUUCCAGAAACACUCGUUGUCUUCAGUAUCCUGAGAGCACUGAGAUAGUGGGAUAGCGGUUACGGUGAGUCAUGCACUUUUCUCUCUCGAUGAACAGUGAGUGGGUUUUACAGUUUAUGUCCUUCUCGAGUGCCAUGCGUGACGCCUCCAGGUGGGACAAGGAGCCUCUGGCUUCGCUCAGCUGCUGCUGCAGAGACGCCACACUGGCAUCAAUCUGCCUCACCUCUCCUUCCAGACUACAAGAAACAAAUGAGGAUAUAUAGAGAGAGAGAGUGAGAAAGAGAGUACAGAUGUUUUUAUCUUGUUUUGCAUGUGAAUUAGGAAUUGACCGAUAAGGGGUUUAUCAAUACUGAUACUGAUUAUUGGUGAUCGUGAAAGGCCAAAAAACUAUAUUUGUGCCCGAUAUACAUACAAUGUCAUAUAUUAACAGCAUGAGAUAGCAGGGAAAUCACUAAUUCUCUUUCAUUACUGGGCCUGUUCAUGUGUAACUGUGCAUCAUUGUGUAACUUUUUAUUACUGUAACUGAAUAUAUACAAUAGAAAUAAGAGUGAUUAAAUCAAAGCAUCAUGUGUUGAUUAAGA